GUCUGUCUGUCUGUGUGAACUCGGGAGGGGAAGCAGCGCUGUGCUGUUAAAACUCCCAGGAUUUACACUCUGCCAUUUUGAGGAAAACCGGCCGACAUUAAACACAAGUCAUGACCCGGAUUACACACCCACAUCUGUGAAAAAAGGAGAAGGCGUCUGAAGUGGGGAACAGUUAGGCCGACAAAGGAGGGAUUCUUGUUUGAACGGGUGCUCAGUCCUCCUCAGCCAUGUGUUCCACAAAUCACUCAAACUGGGUCACGUUUGAAGAUGACAGCACACCGCUCCCGUCUCCUCAGAAGCCCCUACAGUCACCAGGGCUUAUCAAAGCAUCAGUACCACGUCCCAAUGGUCUAAAAUUGGUGCUUCCACCGAUCAGAGAUACUUCCUGGAGCUUCAAUAGUUCACUGGAAUCCCCUCAAAGCAACUCAAGUCUUGGUGGAAGUUCUUGUGUACCGUGUAACACGCCUUUUUGCACUCCUGUGAGUGGGGUUCCCAGCAGCGUGUCCCCAUUUCACUUAAACACACAGGAAAAGAACGACUUCUUUCUGAGUUUCUCCACCCCAGCUCCAGCUUCUGUUUCCUCUCCUGCUCCAGAGGCCUUGAAUCAAAGCUCAGACAGACCAAGUCCUUUCCCUUCUUUCCAGGGAAACGCAGGACACUCAAACCCAUUCUGGGAUGGAUCCAGAUACAGCGCAGGUGCAGACAGUUCCUCUUCCUCCUCAUCGGACUCUGAAUCUAACAACAGCUUACCACGUUUCUUUAUUCGGACCAAAGACGGCAGCGAGCCUCCUCGCGACCAGCUACAGAGCUCCUUCUCUUCUUAUGUUUGCAACAAACUGGAAGGCCUGCGAGCAGAUUCGGACCAAGAGACAGAGACUGAAAGAGAAGGCGAAAGGCGGCUGAGCUGCAUAAACGAGGUGUUAAGCGAGAAUUCUUCUCAGUUUGUUCCUCGUGGACUCUUUCGUAAUCAGAAGAGAGACGGCUGGUCUGUCAUGCUCAGGAUUCCUGAAAAGAAAAACCGCAUGUCCUCUCGACAGUGGGGGCCAAUUUAUCUGCGCUUGCUGCCGGGUGGCGUGCUGCAAAUGUACUACGAGAAAGGGCUGGAAAAGCCUUAUAAGGAGUUCCAGCUCCUCCCUCAGUGCAGGCUCUCUGAUCUUAAACUGGAAAGCUACGGAGAGCCACGCAAAGUCCUCACGCUCAAGGUGGAAUAUUUCACGUACACGGAAAAGAAGCGAUUUCAUCCAAAGUUAGAGGUCAGUCAUGAGGCAGAGGUCGAGCAACUGCUCAAGUUCGGCUCCACAGUGCAUGAAGACAUGGAGGACCUCGUUGUUUCCAUGGAGGAGGAGAUCUUCAAACUGUCCAUGCCACACCCGCAGAGGAAGCACUACGAGGAGCAGGAGCUGUCAUUGCAGAUCACUGAUCACAUCUGGGUACAACUGGAUAAGAGUGGAGGAGUCAUGGAGCGGACGGCCCUCACCCAGAUCCACUGUUUGGCUUUUCUGAAUGGAUUCGGGGAUUGUUUUCUCGCCUUGAAUGAUCUCAGGCUGCUACACUUUGACUCCAGCUACGGGUCAGAGGAGGAACUCUGGAUGGAGAUCAUCGACUACCACUUCCACCAGUGUGUGAAUGAGACAGAGUUUCAGAGGUCCAGGCUGAUAAAGUUCACCCCUCCAGACGCCUGCAGGGUGGAACUGAUGCGGUACAAGACAUUGGCUUUGGGUUGCACAGAGAUUCCCUUCUCGAUCAAAGCUGUGGUCACAGUACAAGGUGCCUAUGUGGAGCUGCAGGCCUUUCUUAACAUGUCGCCUAGUUUCCUCUCUUCCAUGGGGGUGUCGGAAGCAUACCCGCUGUGUGAGAAUGUAGUGAUCCGUGUGCCAGUGCCGGGCGACUGGGUCAAAGUGACACAGACUGUGGCCUUACUGCGACAGAGAUCGUUGAAAGCCCGUAUGAACAGAAACGCCUGCUUGGGUGCUGUCAGCGCUGCAGACUCACAGCCGGUCAUGCAGGUGACUGUCGGCACUGUGAAGUAUGAGAAUGUAUACUCAUCAGUCGUGUGGAGGAUUGACAGGCUGCCCGCAAAGAAUACAGCGGUGGAUCAUCCACAUUCAUUUUCCUGCAAGCUCGAGCUGGGAUCAGAUCAGGAGAUCCCGAGUGACUGGUACCCUUUUGUCAGCAUGGAAUGUGAAAUUAUGGGUGCCGUCGUGUCACAGACCAGGGUGAAGUCACUGGGCACUGUGAAUGACAUCCAGCCACAGAAACACGUCACCAGCUGGACUCGCUAUCAUUGUCAAGCCAAGCUCUACUUGUCCAUAAUUGAUGAUGUGAUUGAUAGUGUGAGGGAGCUUUUCUUGGAUGAAGGCCUUGAAGACCGCAUCCUGGAUGAUUUAAGACAUCUUUGGGAGACAAAGAUGAUGCAGUCAAAAGCAAUGGAAGACUUCAGGAAAAACAACAUCAACUCAUCUAACUUUGUGCUGCAGCUCCCUGCCAGCUACAGUCAGACUGAUCAGGACGGUACAGCCUCAGUUGUGAUCCCUGCGAGUCAAAAUAUCCACAGUUUCCCAAGACUCAAGACAAACUCUGAGACCCUUGCUACUUUUUCCCUCCCUGCUGGGUUAGCUUAUCCUGUGCAGAUACCGGCUGGAGUCACUCUGCAGACAGCUUCUGGCCAACUCUACAAGGUCAAUGUUCCUGUUGUGGUUACUCAGGCUGCAGCAGGACAGCAGCCAGGGUCCCAACCUGCACAGAAAGUCACUGAGCUGAGAGAAGCUGCUGCCCCUCAGGCAGCCAGAGUCCCAACAAAUCCUCAGGAGGUGGAGCCAUCAACUGUUCCAGCUGCUUCUGUCUCACAGCAGCUGCCUCAGAAGUCUAAUUUACCCCCUGGUCAGGAGAGCAGCGUCCCCCAGCAGACACUGGGCCCUACUGCUGAGACUACACAGCCUCACAUGGCCCAGUCACCCAAGCCAGAGGUCCCACUGGGAGAAAAUGAGCAGAGCCCUCAGGCUGAACCUGUGGACCUCAGUAUGCCUGCCUCACCCUGCUCUCAAUUAUUAGACUUUCAGAUCAGAGCUGAGGAGGCUUUGGCUCAGACGGCACACACAAAAAUCAGAGACAUCGAUGACAUCCUGAAAGAAGUGAUCAAGGAGGAGAGAGAGAAAGUGGAGAGGGCGAGGAGGCUGGCAUCUGAAAAGGCAGGCAACCAGGCUGAGGCUAUGCUGGGGCUGGAUCUGGACUAUGGCUACAGCGAUCUGUCAGACAUUGUUCAGCUGGAUGGUACUGCAGACAACUCUGACCUGGAGGAGGAGGGAGUUCCUCUGGAAGAGAACGACUUUCUGGGUAUAAUCAAUGCCGAGGCCAUAAAGGCUCUACAGGAAGGAGAUGGAAGCAGUGAUGGAAACAGCAUCUCCUCCAGCAGUGACAGCGAAGCAGCAGAUGAACUUGCUGAUGUUGAGGAGGAGGAUCCUUUGAAUUCAGAUGACGAUGUGAUCGAGCAGGACAUCCCGGACCUCUUCGACACUGACAACGUAAUCGUUUGCCAGUAUGACAAAAUUCACCGCAGUAAGAACCGCUGGAAGUUUCAUUUGAAAGAUGGAGUGAUGUGUUAUGGAGGCAGGGACUACGUUUUUUCUAAAGCUGUCGGGGAGGCUGAGUGGUAAUGAGUCUUAGUUCUCUUUUCCACAACACAAAAUCAAACAGAAAAGAGGAAAACUUAUUUAAAAGAGCAAAGUAAUCAGCGUAUUUAGACCUCUUGUUUAGUAAUUUGGCUCACGGAGGAUUUCACAGGGCAAACUCACUGAUAUUUAUUUUGUUCAUUAUGUAAUUAUUAGAGCAAUGCAGCAAGUAAUUUAUGAUGUUUGAGAAAUUACUCUGUUGCUUGUGAAUCUAAUCAACUGAAACGAACAGCAUGAAUUUAUGUUUAAUAAUGUUUGAAAAAGCAAAAUAUGAAGUCAUGAUCAUGUUGCUUUCUGGGUACCUAAUGUGCUGUUUGAUUUUCUAACAUUGUAAUUUCUUGCCUUUGAUCAUUCUUUGCUCCCCACUGUUGUGUUGCAUUCAUUAAAGCUGUCUUCUUUCUGUGAAACUGUGAAAAAUAAAACAAAAGUGGCCUUGC